CUCCCCCCUCCCCCAGCCGCCUUGUGCAAAGAUGGCUGCACCGUGAGCGCAGAGGAGGAGGAGGCGGCGGCGGCGGCGGCGAGAGAGCGAGCACCCAGCGCCCGCACCCACCCCGGGGCCGCCCGGGACGCCCCCUCCUGAGCGCGCUCCCUCCCUUCUCUCUUGCAAGCGCCGGGGCAAAGGCGGAGACAGCGGGGUCCCUCCUACCCCCCUUUCCCUCCAGGGGGAACCCCCCUUCCCCCCUCCUUGGCUCGGCGGCUGCACCCCCUCCCUUGCCCGCCCCUCCGCCCCUGCCCCCUCCCUCCCCAGCCCGGGGCCUUCCCGGGCCUUCGGCGGCUGCAAAGAAAAAAAGAGAGAGAGAGAGAGAGAGGGGAAAAAAAAAAAGCAGCAGCGGAGGGAGCGGCGGCGGAGGAGAGCGCGCGCGCGCCCCCUCCCUCCCUCCCUCCCUCCCCCUCCCCCCAAUUUCCACCGCGGCCAAUUCAUGGACAGGAACUACCCCAGCGCCGGCUUCGGGGACCCGCUCGGCGCCGGGGCGGGAUGGAGUUACGAGAGGUCAGCGAAAGCUAGCUUGGUCUAUGGCAGCUCCAGGACCUCGCACCCCGAGACCGACAUCUUACACCGCCAGGCCUACGCGGCCCCCCACCCACUGCAAAGCUAUGCCACCAACCACCACCCAGCAGGCCUCUCUGGACUCUUCGACACUGGCCUCCACCACGCGGGCUCAGCAGGGCCCGACGCCUCCGUCAUGAACCUCAUCUCGGCCCUGGAGUCCCGGGGCCCCCAGCCUGGCCCCUCUGCCUCCUCUCUCCUCUCCCAGUUCCGCAGUCCUUCCUGGCAAACAGCCAUGCACACGCCAGGCCCCACGGAGCUCUUCAUUUCGGGCGCCCUGCCGGGUUCCAGCACCUUUCCAUCCUCCUCUGCCCUGUCGGCCUACCAGCACCCGGCUUCCUUCGGCAGCCGCCCCUUCCCAGUGCCCUCGUCCCUCAGCCUUCAAGAUCCCCCAUUCAGUCCCCCAGCUAACGGGCUCCUGUCCCCUCACGAUGUGUUGCACCUAAAGCCCUCGCAAGCACCCACGGUGCCAUCCUCGCUGGGCUUCGAGCGCCUGGCAGGGGGCGGUGUCCUGGGGCCUGCUGGUCUCGGCCCGGCCCAGACCCCUCCUUACCGCCCUGGCCCCCCUGACCCACCCCCACCCCCCCGCCACCUCCCGACUCAGUUCAACCUGCUGGCUUCCUCUUCCGCUGCUGCCGCUGCCGCCGAGCAAUCUUCCCCACAGCUGUACAACUUCUCGGGUGCUGCCCCGGGCCCCCCGCCACCCGAGCGGGCCCUGCCCCGCCAGGACACCGUCAUCAAGCACUACCAGCGGCCGGCAAGUGCACAGCCCCCGCCGCCCCCGCCACCAGCCCACGCCCUCCAGCAUUACCUGAGCUGUGGAGGCAGCUACUCCUCCAUGGGCCACAGGGCUAACCUGGCCUGUAGCCCCCUGGGCGGCGGGGAGCCCUCCCCUGGUGCUGGCGAGCCUAGCAAGGCUGGGCCCAGCGGAGCCACGGCUGGAGCAUCGGGCCGGGCUGCAGGCCCAGAGGCGGCUGGAGGAGGUGGGGCUGCGGGUGGUGGUGGAGGUUACCGCCCCAUCAUUCAGUCGCCCGGUUACAAGACAGGCAAAGGCGGUUAUGGAGCAGCUGCGGGUGCUGCCAACAGGCCCCCCCCGCCCCGUUCAACCGCCACGCCCAAAUGCCAGAGUCUGGGUGGGCCAGCAGCAGCCUAUGCCACUGGGAAGGCCUCUGGGGCUGGCGGGGCCGGGGGCCAAGCCUAUUCCCCUGGACAGCCCCAAGGGCUUCUAGGACCCCAGGCCUACGGGCAAGGGUUUGGAGGGGGUCAAGCACAGGACUUGAGCAAAGGCCCUAGCUACUCAGGGGGGCCCCCACAGCCACCCAGUGGCCCCCCGCCUCCUGGCCUAGCCACGUGUCAGAGCUACUCCCCGGAUCAGCUGCAGGGGCAGCUGUAUGGGGUUCAGGGUGAGCCAUACCCCGGGCCAGCUGCCCAUUCCCAGGGGCUGCCCACAGCCAGCCCCUCACUCAGCUACAGUACUGGCCAUUCCCCGGCGCUCUCGGGUCACGGAGGUGGCUGGGGGCCCAGCUCCCUGGGGGGUGGUGGCGAGGCCAGCCCUUCUCACAUCAUCCGCCCACUGCAGUCGCCGCCUGCCCCCGGCCGCCCGCCUGGAGUCGGCUCUCCGGGAGCCCCUGGCAAAUACCUGAGUUCCGUCUUGGCCUCGGCCCCUUUCCUGGCGCCUCCGGGAGCCGGCAGCUAUGCAGCCGGAGCAGGUGGCUACAAAGGCAAAGGGGAUGGCUCAGAGCUGCUGGCUGGCCCCGGCGGACCUCCUGCCGAGCGCACGGAAGAUGAGGAAUUCCUCAUCCAGCAUCUCCUACAGGCACCCAGCCCCCCGCGGACCUCAGGGGCAGACGGCUUGGUGGGUGAAGAUGGGGCAACGGAUGCCUCCAAGGGACUUGGGGGUAGUGGUGGGGCCGGGGGUCCACCGGGCACACCCUACGAGCUGGCCAAGGAAGACCCCCAGAGGUAUCACCUGCAGAGUGUCAUCCGGACGAGUGCCAGCCUCGACGAGGGUGCCACAGCAGCCCUGGAGCUGGGCCUGGGGAGGCUGAAGGAGAAGAAGAAAGGGCCGGAACGAAGUGGCGAGACACCCGAGGGGCUGGCCACCUCAGUGGUCCACUAUGGGGCAGGUGCCAAGGAGCUGGGGGCCUUUCUCCAAAAGAGCCCGCCGCCCCCACCUCCCACGGCUCAGCCUGCCCAGCCCACACCCCACGGCCUCCUCCUGGAGGCCGGGGGCCCUGACCUCCCACUGGUGCUGCCUCCGCCUCCCCCACCACAACUGCUCCCUUCUGUCCUUAGCCACGCCCCCAGCCCCUCUCCCAGUGCCCCCAAGGUUGGCGUUCAUCUCCUUGAGCCAGCCACCCGUGAUGGGGCGCCCCAGGCGCCCCCGCCGCCGCCCCCACCUCCGCCACCCAUGCCCCUCCAGCUUGAGGCCCACCUCCGAAGCCACGGCCUGGAGCCUGGUGCCCCCAGCCCCCGCCUGCGACCCGAGGAGAGUCUGGAGCCCCCAGGCGCUAUGCAGGAGUUGCUUGGGGCCCUGGAGCCACUGCCCCCAGGGCCUGGUGACACUGGCGUAGGCCCACCUAAUACCGAGGGCAAGGAUCCCUCAGGUGCCUACCGCAGCCCCAGCCCGCAAGGCACAAAGGCCCCCCGCUUUGUGCCACUCACGUCCAUCUGUUUUCCUGACUCCUUGCUCCAAGACGAGGAGCGCAGCUUCUUCCCCACCAUGGAGGAGAUGUUCGGCGGAGGGGCGGCAGACGACUAUGGCAAGGCCGGGCCGCCUGAGGACGAGGGUGACCCCAAGGCGGGGACUGGGCCGCCUCCAGGCCCCCCUGCCUAUGAUCCCUAUGGGCCCUACUGCCCUAGCCGGGCGUCUGGAGCUGGGCCUGAGACGCCGGGCCUGGGCCUGGACCCCAACAAACCGCCUGAGCUGCCCUCCACGGUCAAUGCCGAGCCUCUGGGCCUGAUCCAGAGUGGGCCACACCAGGCGGCCCCGCCACCCCCGCCUCCCCCUCCACCGCCGCCACCUGCCUCCGAGCCCAAGGGAGGCUUGACCUCACCCAUCUUCUGCUCUACCAAGCCAAAGAAGCUGCUCAAGACGUCCUCCUUCCACCUGCUACGGCGCCGCGACCCGCCCUUCCAGACGCCCAAGAAGUUGUACGCCCAGGAGUACGAGUUUGAGGCGGAUGAGGACAAGGCCGAUGUGCCCGCUGAUAUCCGCCUCAACCCUCGGCGCCUGCCCGACCUGGUGUCCAGCUGCCGUUCCCGCCCGGCCCUUUCACCCCUGGGUGACAUCGACUUCUGUCCACCCAACCCAGGCCCCGAUGGCCCCAGGCGCCGUGGCCGCAAGCCGACGAAGGCCAAGCGUGAUGGCCCACCCCGGCCCCGGGGUAGGCCCCGGAUCCGCCCGCUGGAGGUCCCCACCACUGCUGGGCCAGCCUCAGCCUCCACACCCACUGAUGGAGCCAAGAAACCUCGGGGCCGGGGCCGUGGUCGGGGCAGGAAGGCCGAGGAGGUAGGGGGCACACGGCUGGAGCCCCUGAAGCCACUUAAGAUCAAGCUGUCUGUGCCCAAGGCCGGUGAGGGUCUGGGAGCCUCGUCAGGCGACGCUGUAUCCGGCGCUGACCACAACAGCCUGGACUCCAGCCUGACUCGGGAGAAGAUUGAGGCCAAGAUCAAGGAGGUGGAAGAAAAGCAGCCAGAGAUGAAGUCCGGCUUCAUGGCCUCCUUCCUGGACUUCCUCAAGUCAGGCAAGCGUCAUCCGCCACUCUAUCAGGCCGGCCUGACGCCCCCACUCAGCCCCCCCAAGAGCGUGCCGCCCUCUGUGCCGGCCCGGGGCCUGCAGCCCCAGCCCCCUGCCGCCCCCACUGUGCCACACCCCCCGCCUGCCGGCGCCUUUGGGCUGGGGGGCGCACUGGAGGCGGCCGAGAGCGAGGGGCUAGGGCUGGGCUGCCCUUCGCCCUGCAAACGGCUGGACGAGGAGCUGAAGCGCAACCUGGAGACGCUGCCCUCCUUCUCCUCGGACGAAGAAGACUCUGUGGCUAAGAACCGGGACCUGCAGGAGAGCAUCUCCUCAGCCAUCUCCGCUCUUGAUGACCCACCCCUCGCUGGGCCUAAGGACACUUCCACCCCAGAUGUGCCCUCCUUGGCAACUGAGGCUUCAGUGCCAGGGCCUCCCCCACUCCCGGGGCUCCCUAGCAGCAAUGGCACACCCGAGCCCCCGCUGCUGGAGGAGAAGCCCCCGCCCUCGCCGCCCCCCGCCCCGACGCCGCAGCCACCGCCGCCGCCGCCCCCACCGCCGGCCCUGCCCUCGCCGCCCCCGCUGGUGGCCCCCGCGCCCAGCUCGCCGCCCGCCCCGCCGCCCCUGCCCUCGCCGCCUGCCCCGCCCCCGCCGGCCGCCCCCGCGCCAGAGGAGCCCCCUGCCCCGUCCCCCGAGGAGCCCGAGCCUCCGGACGCCCGGCCCCUGCACUUGGCCAAGAAGCAGGAGACGGCAGCCGUGUGCGGGGAGACGGACGAGGAGGCGGGCGAGAGCGGCGGGGAGGGCAUCUUCCGGGAGCGCGACGAGUUCGUCAUCCGCGCCGAGGACAUCCCUUCCCUCAAGCUGGCACUGCAGACGGGGCGCGAGCCCCCACCCAUCUGGCGAGUGCAGAAGGCGCUGCUGCAGAAGUUCACUCCGGAGAUCAAGGACGGACAGCGGCAGUUUUGUGCCACCAGUAAUUAUUUGGGGUAUUUUGGGGACGCGAAAAACCGGUAUCAGCGCCUUUACGUAAAGUUCCUGGAAAACGUCAACAAGAAGGAUUAUGUGAGGGUCUGUGCUCGGAAACCCUGGCAUCGGCCCCCAGUGCCCGUCAGGCGCUCUGGGCAGGCCAAGGGCCCUGCGUCUUCUGGGGCCAGUUCUGUCCCGCCUCCCAAGGCGCCAGCACCACCUCCUAAGCCAGAGACCCCUGAUAAGACUGUCUGUGAGAAGCCCCCAGAGCAGACGCCUGAGACAGCUGCGCCCGAGCCCCCCGCCCCUGAGAAGCCAUCCCCACCUCGGCCUGUCGAGAAGGAGAAGGAGAAAGAGAAGGAGAAGGAGAAGGAGCGGGUGACGCGUGGGGAGCGGCCGCUACGGGGCGAGCGGAGCGCGGGCGGGCGGCAGACACGGCCUGAGCGGAGCCUCACCGCGGGCCAGCCCGCCACCUCCCGGCUGCCCAAGGCCCGGCCCACCAAGGUGAAGGCCGAGCCGCCCCCCAAGAAGAGGAAGAAGUGGCUGAAGGAGGCGGCAGGAAAUGCCUCGGCGGGCGGGGGUCCACCAGGCAGCUCCUCGGACUCCGAGUCAUCCCCGGGAGCACCCAGCGAGGACGAGCGGGCAGUACCUGGGCGUCUGUUGAAGACCCGGGCGAUGCGGGAGAUGUACCGGAGCUAUGUGGAGAUGUUGGUGAGCACAGCACUCGACCCAGACAUGAUCCAGGCCCUGGAGGACACACAUGAUGAGCUAUACCUCCCGCCCAUGCGGAAGAUCGACGGUCUCCUGAAUGAGCACAAGAAGAAAGUCCUGAAGCGGCUGUCGCUGAGCCCAGCCCUCCAGGACGCCCUGCACACGUUCCCCCAGCUGCAAGUGGAGCAGAGCGGGGAGGGCUCCCCUGAGGAGGGGGCCGUGCGGCUGCGGCCGGCGGGGGAGCCCUACAACCGCAAGACGCUCAGCAAACUCAAGAGGAGCGUGGUCCGAGCCCAGGAGUUCAAAGUGGAGCUGGACAAGUCGGGAUACUACACGCUCUACCACUCGCUCCACCACUAUAAGUACCACACCUUCCUGCGCUGCAGGGACCAGACCCUGGCCAUCGAGGGCGGUGCUGAGGACCUGGGUCAGGAGGAGGUAGUCCAGCAAUGCAUGCGGAACCAGCCGUGGCUGGAACAGCUCUUCGACUCCUUCAGCGACCUACUGGCCCAAGCACAGGCCCACAGCCGCUGUGGGUGACCUCACCCCGCCUGGGGGAGCCACCUCUUCCACGAACGGAGAAUUGGGACAGAACUGUGUCCUCAGGAGUUAACCCCUGGGCCCUGCCUGCCAGGGAAGUGGGGGGGGGGGUCAUUGGUCAGGGUGUGUCCAUGCUGCCCCCACAAGGGCAGGGUUCAAAGUUUGACUCCUCCCCUCUCCCACACCCCCCUCCACUCCCUCCCCGCCCCUCCUGCUGUCCGGUGUACAGAGAAAUUAUUUAUAUAUAUGUAUAAAUGUCUAUUUAGUAACGGUUUCCCUCCCCACCUUGGCCCAAUCCCCUCUCCAUGGCCACAGCCCCGCCCCCUCCACCUUGUACAUAAUGUAUAGGAAAAGUCUAUGUAUGGUUGAGGGGGGCGGGGUGGCUUCAGAGAGCUGGGGGACCCCCUCCCCCCAACCCCCCCCUCACAGGCCAAGAUCUUUGCUAAAGGCCAUUCCCUCCCCCAGGGCAUUCGGCAUCGGGUGGGAGGGGGAAAACGCAUCUUGUUAAUUAUUUUUAAUCUUAUUUAUUGUACAUACCUGGGGCGGGGGGCUGGGGAGGUGGAGGGGGAAGAAGGGUCCCCUCCCUUUGGCCCUCCUACUCCUUUUCUACUGCGAUUGUCUGUGUCUGCCCCCCCCCCACCGCCCCAACCCCUCGUCGUCUGGAUGUGGUUCUAUUUUUUAUCCGUCUCUUCUCCCCUCCCCCUCUCUCUAACCCCCCCCCCCCCCGCUCCUCCCUCCCCACCACCCUUCGUCUCUUGCUCUUUCUUGGGCUUCUGUACAACUCAACUUGUAUACACUGUGUACACACAACCAGCCAAACGAAAACCCAACGGCAAACACUUUAUCGGCCGGCUGGAGUGCCUCUGUCCUACGGCGUCUGGGUGCCGGGUGGGCCGAGGGAUGGCACAGGCAGAGAGAGGGUCUGGCCUUCUCUGGCACAUGGCUUUUCUGGAGCCCGGGCAGUGGUUGGGCUGGGGUCGUUGCACCCCUACGUCUCGCUGGGUAAAAUUGGCCCACCCCAAAAUUUAGCGACCUAAAACAAGAAACGUUUUAUCCUCUGGUUUCUGAGGAUCAGGAAUUGGGCGUUCGCGUCCCAGGGUCUGUUGUCAGGUUAUAGUCUGGUCAGCGAGAGCAACCCGAAGGGAUUGGCUGGGAUUGGAGGGUCUACUUCUUUUGUUGUUGUUGUUUAUAUUUGAGAGGGAGAGAGAGAGAGAGAGAGAGACCGAGCGUGAGUGGGGGAGGGGCAGAGAGAGAGGAAGAUCCAGAAUCCGAAGCAGGCUCCAGGCGCCGAGCUGUCAGCUCAGAGCCCGACUCGGGGCUCGAAUUCACGAACUGUGAGAUGGUGACCUGAGCCGAAGUCUGACACUUAACUGACUGAGCCACCCAGGCACCUCAAAGGAUCUACUUUUAAGGCGUGCAGAUCAGUUGUUGGCCGGAGGCCUCGGUUCCUUGCCAUGUGGACCCCACAAUGGGGCAGCUUCAGUGUCCUCACAGCAUGCCAGCUGGCUUUUCCCAGGGAGAGAGCAAGGAGGAAGCCACAGGACCUUUAUGUCCUAAUAUACCAUUGCUUCAUCCAUACUGUUCAUCGAAAGGGAGUUAUUAAACCCAGUACCCACUCAGAGGGCAGUUCAGCUCCGCUUUGAGGAAGGAAAAGGAUAGGAAUUCUUAGAUGUGUUUUUAAACCGGUACAGGCUGUGGCAGGUGUAGGGAGUUGACCAGCCUUUUGAGGGUUGCCUAAUGUAGACUGAAGGGUGGGUCUCUUGUGCUCUUGAACCCUGAAACUCCAAGGUCACCAGCAGACUGGCAGUUGAGAGGCCAGUAGACGGAGUGGUGGAUGGAUUCCUGGGUUCUUGAGAUUUGCUGCUGCUCAAAGUGUGAUCCAGGACUGCCGCCCUUGGAGUGAUGUCCGUUGUCCCACGAGACCUAGAAAACGUCAGCUCGGGCCGAGUCUCAGAUCUGCUGAGUCAGAACCCACUAUUUAGUAAAAUCCUGGGAGGAUUCUAAUAGACACUCAAGUUGGAGGAGCAGUGUUCUAAAGAGUUAAACAUUUGGAGGUCAACUGGAACCUGGCUUUAGAAAGUAGUGAGUAAGCUGUUGUCAUUCUAGAGCCUGGACGGUUGUCCAAAACAGACUGUUGGUAUUCUAGAACCCUGGCUUUGGCAGUGAUGAUAGGUGUGCGGCAGGUGUUGACCUGGUGUAAGAGUUAAGGGUAGACCAUCUGCAUUCUAGAUAGGUUCCCUUCCUGGUGAAAUCGAGGAAGAGCCCCAAUUUGUUCUACAACCUUGGAUAUCGUCUAGGCCAAUAUUAAUGAUUCUGCUGGUUUUACGGUAACGCUGAAGGAUCUUAAUGGGACUCAGUGGUGGGUCGUGGCCUUUUGUUUUUAAGUUUAUUUAGUUAUUUUGAGAGAGAGGGGACAGCGUCCAAGCAGGCUCCACGCUGUUAGCGUGGAGCCCAUUGUGGGGCUCGAACCCAUGAACCACGAGAUCGUGACCCGAACUGAAGGCUGGAGUCCGACACUCAACCGACUGAGCCACCCAGGUGCCCCUGGGCCGUGGGCUUUCUAGAAUUGAGUUCGGAGGGGUAAGGAUGGACCACUGGUGUCCUUGAACCAUGGCCUGUAGCACAUUGGGGUGCAGCCACUGAGAGGCAGUGGCAUAUUCAAGGUUCUGGACUGUUCCGUUAAAUAAGAGCCAAAGCCUCCGAGAUCACCAUGAUCUCCCGCAGGAGCUCUGCUAUACAAAGUGGGUGGAUUGUUCAGAAGGUGGGUGGCGGGGCAGUAUCAUCCCUUUGGGGGCAGGAGUACCUUGCGGUUGGACCUUGGAAUUCAACUGCCCGAAUUUGAAUGCCAGCUCCAGCACUAACCAGGUGAGUUGGAUCCCAGCCCCUGUCCUCAGUCUCGUCAUUUGUCAAAUGGACUUUGUCAACGUGAAGGAAAACAGCGUUCGAUGCACUUGGCACCACCUGGCCUUUAGCUCCCGUUCCGCAUGGCAGGCGAGCCCAAGGGGGUUGCCGGAAGUCCAAGAGAUGGCAGAAAGGGAAGGUGGCAAAGAUGGAUAAGGAGGGACAGCAAAAGCCCGAGAGGCUUCAGAUCAUUGGCAGGGCCCGCCAGAGCCCAGGGGAGGGCAGGAACUGUGGGACAGGCAUGCACAUGCUUAGAGAGCCGCCAACUAGGCCAGGCCAGCCUCUUCACUGUUGUCUGAUGAGCUCUGGAACGGUGGUGAUCGCAAGCCUUCCGAAAAUGGCCUGCCAGUUGUCGCGUGGGUCUGUACGUGUGCCUUUUGCUGGGCGUAAGCGGUAGCUUUGGUCACCUCUUCGAAGUGCAUCUUUGUCCUUCAAGAAGCAGGGUGUCCCGGCCAAGAAUUUGGCCCUGAUUGACAAUGCAAAAAAGACUCGGGUCUCCUGUGCACGCAGUGUUGAUGGGGACCCAGGGAGAGGAAGGGACAUCAGCCUAGGAUUCCACUGGCCCCUGCUGAGAGCGCCUCGCCUCUGGCUGGGGUUAGGUGGCGAUGUCAGACCUUGUUUGGAAAGUGAUAGAACCGCCCCACUCCACCCCCACCCCUCCCAUUCCCUCCCUGUCAGGGUAGAGGGAGUGAACGUGUAGCACAAUACGUUGGAGCCUUGCUUAUUCCCAAGGCGGAAGGUUGAAUGCAGGCCAAGGGUUCUGUGAUAAUGAAACCCGGAAAGGGAUAUUUAGCUAAUUAUUGUUCGAAUCUGGAAUACAGAGGGACAUUCAUGGUUCUGGGGCAAGAGGAGGACAGCGGGGCCUCCGUCAUUGAUAAAGAGCGUUUACAAUAUUCCCAGCUCUGUGUUUGUCUUCUGGGUGUAGAUCCGGUUCCUAAAGACCUCUCCGAAGUAGCUCUGUGAUUACCCCCAUUUUACAGCUGAGAAGAUGGAGGUGCUGCUGAGGGCCCUCGUCUCCCCUUGAGCCAGGAAGUGGGUUCUGGGGUGGGUGUGAGGGGAGGACUUUGGAAUCGGGCCUGGAGAUUCUGUCCAAACGUAGCAGAUACGGGGAGACAGGGAGUAGAUCAUUGGUGACAGUUCUCAAGUGGAGGUGUGUGGACUAGGUGUUGGGGUUCAGGGACGCUUGUCAGGCAUGGGAGAUGGGGCACGUGGUGGUCUCCAGGUGUGGCGCCAGCGUUUCAGGUUAGCAAAUAGAGCACAGAAUUGGGGGUCCUGGGUCGAAUGGGGGGCAUGCAAGGGUUCCCAAACAAGCGAGUUAGCAACUUGUUUGGGUGGCCUUAUGAUGCCCCACGCUUCAGCCCUUCCUAGGACAUAAUGCUCAAAUGAGAUGUGUCUACGCUGGCCCCCAGGUCAUUGAGGGUUUGGACUCUGAAGUCAGCCCAAUUGGGAACUUUCUGGAACUGAGAACUUGCCAGCCAGCUGCUUGGACACCAUUCCACCCACCUGUCCCUUCUUUCUGCAGCCAAAAUGUCUUUCUCAAUAUGUAUUGGGGGUGGUUAGGAGGCAGGCAGGGUUUGUAGUGGCUGCCUGUUUCCAAGAUUCUGGAAUCUUCUGGAACACCACUAUCCAAUAAAUUUAAAAACCUG